UGUUAUAGCUUUUCCUCUGCAAGGUAAAAGUGUAACAAAAGAAAUGUUCUUGAGCACCAAUGUCUCCAGAAUCCGUGACCUGGAGUCUGACAUUGCAAACCAUGUCGCUAAGCAGCUUUCGACAGCCAACAAAUUGGAUUUUAGCCCCGAAUCAGUUGCUAUAGUACCGAGCAAUGCAGAUGGGGACAUCAUGAUUGCAUUUGUGGAAGGACGUGGCCUUAUUGACCCAGAAAGUAUCGAGGCUUUGAGACGUUUCCUGACUACUCCACUCACCGACACUGACGGCGGUACGCUGGAAAUACUUGGAAACGUUUCUGUGGUUGUGGUACCAGAUAAUGAGCAAACUGCAAAGGUUGUCGAACUGUCCGAUACAGUAAAAAGCAACACUGAAUACAGCUUCACACUGUCUGAAAUCCUGCCGAAGGAUAUGGUUGAGGCACCAGAAAACAUUGUUGUCGACUGCUCCGCGGUCAAACAAGUGCAGCUGAAGCAAGGAGAUGGUUCUUUUGGACCAGUUCUUAAGGGAACACUGACGUCUAAAAUCACGAUUAAACACGCCUUCAAAUUUACAACUCUCACACGCUGUCUGAUGUCCGACCCUGACAGUAAAACCCAAGACGAGGGCAACAUCUACAAGAUCGGAUUUAUUGCGCUUGGUGCAGCACUUGACUCUGGUGCUGUGGUGAAACUUUUCAAGAACACUGUGGUACUUCAAGAGGAUGCGCCUUGCACUGCCUUUCCCGAUGAUCUGUUCAGUAUAUCUUACCCUUUUGUGGAUGAAGUUAUAUCCGCAUUCGUCCAUUGGCACAAAGAGCAACUACAGAACAACGAGGAAUUGAUAGGUCACACCAACAUUGGACAUAAAGCUCAGACGAUUAUAAUCGGCGCCAUGAGGUCUGCCCUCGAGAGUGUUCGAUUGCGCCUGGUUGAUGUGUCAAUUACUCCUGAGAGCAAUCUUCAAAGUGAUAAAACUCUUAAAGCAAAACUGAUGUCCGGAAAUGGUAUUACCGAUGUUUCCUUAAAGGGAACGAGCCUGUUGAGCAAGUCGGAUUCUGUCAAGAUAUGUCCAGCGUCUGAAUUUAGUGGAACCUUCUCACUGGAAAUAUCGGGAAGCCAAAAAUUCUAUAUCAAUGUUACUGUCCUGCAAACAAACGACAAACCAGUGAAGCAGCCGCAGGACCUAGUGAACGGUGUCGAACCGAUGUCAUACCCGCAUACAUCCAUGGUCGCCAACACAUCUGCACCGGAUGUGCCCAUUUUCUCCAUCCAGAAAAUCGCUGACGUCUUGUUCUCUGAUCAUGACCCAGGCACAAAAUUAGGUUUAGCGGUGUUCGGAUAUGUAUCGUCGAACGAAAUCGGCGGAGUGUGGGAUUUUAGAAGAACCUCGACGUCAUCGUGGCAAACUCUACAAGCCGUGCCCAUAUCAACAACUGGGGCUGCUGAAGCAAAAGCAGUCUUACUGUCGGGACAGGAUUUGCUCCGAUUCACGCCCUCAGAAAAGAGUGUCGCCAUCACCUGGUCAGCUCGAAAUGCGCCUAAAGUUGUGUUAGCCGGAUGGGACAUGAGUGACAAAGAUAAAGUUGAUAACAUGGACGCAAACCACAUCAACAUUACACAAUGCGACAGGGUUGGAGGCUCCAGCAUGGCGAGUUUCUGUACUUUACCAAGUGAAAGUGCAUAUUCUAAAUCUAUUAUCGUCCUUCCGCUAACCAGACGUGGUUGCGAUGGCGUCCUGAAUUCCGAGAAGGUCAUGGGCGUCUGUGGUUGUGGUGUGCAUACAGGCUGCGAAGAUUGUCGAGGUGUUCCGAAGGGAGGUCAUAUUUUGGAUGUGUGUGGUCAGUGCAUUGAAAAAGCUAACGCUUUGUCAAAGAUCGAUUGCUCGAAUUCUGUUUGUGCGAAGGCCAAUAGCUUUUGUGCGAGAGUGACGGCAUUGCAAAAUUCCCUAGAUAGCGAGUGUGGUGCUGGCUUCAAGAUAAAUUCAUAUUUCAACCCUCAAUCUGCUAAGUGUUCGUCCAAGUGUAUCGCGGUUACCAAUGAUCCGAAAGUAACACAGGUGGACAAGUGUGGCGUCAUGUGUGGCGAUGACAACUGCCUGGACUGCGCAGGUACUCCGAAUGGGACCAAGGUUACCAACGCUUGUGGAGAAUGCAAAGAGAUUGGUGCCGCCCGCGAAGGUUGUGAAAGUAUUGGCAACAUCGAGCCCAAGGUCGUGUUCGCAAAGAGUCGAGCGGAUAUCACCUUCGAUGUAUCCGGACUUGCAGCCGACCCAGCAGCAGUAUGCCGGCUGACAAAUAAAACACCAUCUCAGAACGCUGUUCCGGUCGUGUUGAAACACGACAAUGUAAUGCAAGCCGGCGCCCUAACCCGCUUUAAGCUGGUUAUCAACGCAACCGGAAGUGUCGGAGAGUUCGCUGUGGAGUGCUCAACGCUCACCAGUGCGGACCAGGACCAGUACCUGACUGUGUACCCUCAUCCGCAGCUGACCUCCAUCAGCCCUGCUGUCCAGACAAUCACCGAUGUCGAUGAGGUUACAAUAACGGGCACGGGCUUUGUGAAUACUUCCGGAGUGGUUUGCCUUGUCCCAUGCUCCGAACUCAACGCUGGGUGCAAACACUAUAAAAGCGCGGAAGGAACAUACGUGAACAAAACAACGGUCACAUGUCCAGCAAAUUACCUCGUUGGAGAAAAUAGAAUGGGAAUGGCCUACCAUAUAAGUGUUAUGCUUGAAAACCCGGAUGCUUACAAUAUGCAAAGUUUGACCUCCAGCGUGGCAUUCACAGUGCGUAUGCCGGCUCCUAAAGUGGUCAACGCUACACUGGACAAGAAUGGUUGUUAUAAGACCCAAGUGGUGUUUGACGAACCAAUCUCGAAGGCCAACGAUACUCAGUGCAUGAACUAUUUCACUGCGGCAACAAUUUCAACACAUUUUAUGUCAGUCGGCAAGUGUUUGGCAAUUCAUCGGAUGCUGAUUAUUGAGACCAAUACAAACAUUGCUGCGGGAGGCGUGUUGGUGUUUAAACCGAACACAAUUACUCACGAAGCGGAACGCAACACGGCAAACGUCAAUUACGUCACCGGGCAGGUCACCGUCGUUGCACAUCCAGACGAGGUAAAACCUGUUGUCCACAUAAGCAAGCGUGUGCCUCGUGUCGUGGGGUGCACGCAAAUAAACAUCGGUGUGACUGUUGAACACGUGGGCUGUCAUAAACCAGCUAUCACGUGGACAAUCACAGCAGGUAGGAUUUGA